AUGACGACCGACUCUCGGCCAAUGUGCUCUCUCCAAGAGACCAUCCGUACCGGGAAUUUUUAUUCCUUGGACGAAAAUACAUUCCUUCACCAGAUCAAGGACGCUUUCUCCCCCGAACUUGAACGACUGAAGUGCGUAAGAGCCGUCGAGGGCACCGACGAGCAACGCGCUACAGCCAAUGGAAAGACGGAUGCACUGAGCCCCUCACAGGCUCUCUACGGAAUCAAUUAUGACGAGGUCAAUCGGACGCUUGUGGGCAUUCUUGCCCUUCGUUGGGUCCACAACCGUGACUAUGAGCGCUUCAUUCGACCUCAAGUUCCCGAGUCGCGCUUGACAAAGGAAUCGUUUGAGUGGCUUCACAAUCUCUUCGAAAAAGGUAUUGAGGAUUCAGAUGACCUUCUUGCCCUAGUGGUGUCGAUGGUCAUCAAUGAUUUGGGAAAAGAUGCGAAUUUGGAAGAAGACUACUAUUUCAAGACUCGCCAUCGCUUGGAGGAUCAGAACCAUGAUUCUGUACUGCUGGCAGCAGCCAAAGCUGGGAUGAUCACCGCUUUGCGCUAUCUCACGCCGGAGAAAAGGCAGGAAGUGAUGCUAGGUCUAGAACUCGGAUCGGAGCUGAAUGCAGGGCAACUGGCUCAAGCCGAAAGUGUACCUGUCAAUCUAGAGGGGCUCCUGACCAUGCGCGGCCAUGAACAUGCCUUCGAACUCAAGUUCAUGGAACAAAUCCUCGACGUCGCCGGCGCUCUGGGCCAUCUUGACCCUCGUGGCUCCAAGAGCUUUAUUGAACCAGUUUUCCAGGCUUUCAAAACUGUUCAUGAGGUGUCUCUCGAUAUCAUUGCCGGCAGAUCUAACCCUCGACAAGGGUAUGAUAAGGUCCUCACAAAACGUGGAAAUAUGCUCUACAUCAAGGGAUUUCGCAGACUGAGUGUGAGCGAUCAGGAGGACCGUGCACUCCUUCGCUUGUUAACUAUGGGCCGGACUACAAAUAAAGAGCAAGCCGAGCUAUUCUCGAAAGCGUUCAACGCUCUAGACAAGCGAAACAAGGAUCAACUUGUGACAGGCCUGAAUGUCGACGGCAAUAAUGAGACGGCAGUCCUGCCCUACUACAUGCCCGCGAUCAUAUCCACCACCCUGGAAAACACAAAGGACUCGGAUGAGGAAACUAAGCGCCGGGCUCUCACAUCCCUUAUGAGGUACCUGGCCAAAGUCUUGGGCAACCCGGGAAAUGACCUGACUGCUGUCCCCGAAUACGCAGGAUACGCCGGCGAGGUGCCCGGAAUCAUCAUCGAGAGAAAUAUGUCAAAGGCACAGGACGUCAUCAACAGCGCAGAGUUCAAGAAUAAUCCGGAUCUGCUGGAUGCGCUUGACAUACCGGAUGGGCAGAUUCUUCAACGUAGAAGGACCAGUCAAUCCUGGUGA